CGGACAGUUUUCCACCAUAUUGCCGUUAGUUCUGUCGUACACCCCGCCUCGACAAUAGUUUGCUGGGUGGAUGUGCUGUUAGCGAAGCUAUCAGAUGCGAUCGUAAUGGCCGCUGGCGAUGGGACCCAAUUAUCCGAUAUACAACAUUCUGAAGAAUGGUACCUGCAACGUGAAGAUGAUAAUCUACGCGCAGCUUCCCAAUUACCAUCGCAAUGGGACUCUAUAAAGCGUCUCCUCGCAUCCAGGCAAGUGUCACCAGCGGCGAGACGGUUGGCACUUCGCUUAAUCUUUGGUGUUUGCAUCAUUUUGCCUUCAUUAGGAGGUAAGAACGACGACAGGAUGACACAAUCCGAGGACUUUCUGGAAAUCAUGCAGACAUGUAUACACCAAACGGUUAUGAGUGGAUUUACAGCGAAUUACUCAUCAGACCCUGCCGUUGAGCUGGAGAGAAUCAACUUCUCCAUGCUGGUGUCUCUUUAUGCUGCCGUGGAUGUAGAACAGAGACAAAAGCAAUUACCAUCACGUCCACUUACUCUAGGCUAUCUGUUGGACCUCAUACAAGUAGUAAUACAUCCGGAUGAUGGCAUCAUUCCGUCGUCCAUCAUCGCACCUCCUGAUCACUUGGAUGUCGCUCAAACAAUACUUAUUCGAUGGGGUGAUACCAUUUUCUGGAGCUGGGAAACUUGGGACGACUCCCGGCUAGCUAACACCGAAGUCAUCGUUUUUCUGACCGCAGUGUGGAUAAAUAAGUUCAACGAAGCUCUAGAUUCUCAUGUUUCCGGGGCGUUAUGUACAACACUGAACCGUUUCGCACCGAGUAGCGCGAUCUUGAAUGUUCUGCACCAUUGUCGACUGUUCAUUAUUGAUCAGUCCGAGCUGUCGGAUGGGCAGCCUUUGUCGGUGUAUGCUCUCUUGUCAAAGGCAUGCCGAAUAAUUGUCCAUUUUUUGCAUGGUGAUAUUCUACACGCGAGCAAUCAGGCUUGCCUCAGAGAGGACCUCUGCAAGACGUUGUUUGAUAUAUUCGUUAUCGUUGACACCGAAGAACAUGGAUUAACUAUCAAAACUUCUAUCCUCGAAGCAUUGACUCUAUUUCAUCAAACAACCUUACGACGAUCGUUAAAAGAUACACAGCAAGAUAAUAGAACUGAAUUCAUGACAAGGCUGAGUAAACUAAUAUCCCGAUGUCAUCACUAUGGGCGGCAGAGAAAUCGUUUGAAGCCAUCAACGAAAUAAAAGUAACUUUGGAGUUCCUUAUUGUUCUAUGGCAUUGCAAAGCAUUGGGAAGUGCUCUCUGCAACUCCGUCUCAUCUUUGCUCUCUUCUAUCAUUGACUGUCUAUACGACGGUAAUGCCGGACAGAACGUGGCGUUACUUCGUGGGGCGGCCUUUACGAUCUUUUC